AUGGCAUCCCAACCUGACAUGGUGCAAGCAAGUCCUGAACACUCCAAACUAUCAUUUGAUGUAUGGGAAGAGACACUACCAAGUGAGCCUGAUGACCCUUCCUCUGAAAAUGCAGACUCAAUUCCAGAGUUAGUGAAAAAAAGAAAAAAACCAAAUGUUCCCUUACUUCAGUGGAUACCAGAACACUCCUCAUACCUAGACGAGAUGAUACAUCUAGAGGGCCAUGGUGACGAAAUCCCUCAAGAAACAUGUAGUUGCAAGAGCAAAGAACCAUUACUUUACCACUGCCAGGAUUGCUUUGUAGUGGAAAUGGUGUGCCGUGCAUGUGUUCUUCAAUGGCAUGUGCAUAAUCCACUCCAUAGAGUUGAGACAUGCUAUAAUCCUGAACCUGCCACUAGUGAUGAUUUUGUUGUCAUAGACGUCCACAGUAUCCAUGAAAUUGGCCUUGACUUUGCGCUUAUUCAGGCUCAUUGGUUUCCAGCUACUACAUUGAAUCCUAAAACUGCCACCACAUUCACACUCAUGGAGUUCUUCCACCUCCUCACAUUUGAAUCAAAGGUAUCAGCAUACAAAUUUUACCACAGUAUCACUAGACGGACAGAUAACACCAGCACCACACCAAUUAGGAUGCUCAAGCGAGCAGGAAGAGACCAUGAUCCCAGUGGCAUGGAUGCAACUUCCACUGGUGAAUGUGCCGUACUCUGUCCAGCAUGCCCUCACCCCGGAAAGAAUUUACCUGAGGGCUGGGAGGAUGCAUCACAUGAUAUCAGAUGGAAGUAUGCUCUUUUCCUUGCCAUUGAUGCAAAUUUUCAGCUUAAGUGGAAACCUGUCUUGAGUGAUAAUGUUGAUCUGAGUCUCAAUGCCAGCUCAUGCUACUUUGUCAAAGAGACCGCUUACAAACAAUAUCUAAGCGACAUGUGUGUCAGUCAUAAUGCCAUGAACAUGGCUGACACAAAAUCAUCAAGGGGGCUUGCAGCCACGGGCGUUGGGACUGUGGACUGUGUGAGGCAUGAUAUGAAGCUUCCUAAUGGAGUUGGCAAUUUGCAAAAAGGUGAAAGAUAUCUCAAUAUGGACUAUCUGGUCUUUUCAGUGAUGGUCGGGUUUGCCGUAGUGGUAUUCAAUCUAUCAUAUGACAUCACCUGCCAGUGGCAUAAGAAACUAUGGCCUCGCAUGGCAUAA